AUGAUGGGACAAGUCUCAGAGGUCUCUGUUAAGGAACAUGUACUUCAUCAAAAGAAGCUUGCUCAAGUUUGGUUUAAGGUUGAGUUUUCUAUUGAGGAUAAAAUCACUUUGAUUCGAGAAGUAGGCAUUAUGCGAACUGGGGCUUCUAUGGAAUUUGAAUUUGCUUAUGGUGGAUUAGAAAAAUUAUGUAGUACAUGCGGUAGUCUCCAGCACAGCUAUGAAGUCUGCCCUAGAGCUUCUGCGCUCUCCUCUUCUGAGGCAGCUUUCAUGGAUAUAGCAAUAGGUAGCAAUAACCCUUAUGUAACAGCCUCAGAGAUACUUCAGGCAAUUGAAGGUUUCAAUAAGGGUAAGGAUAUUGGAGAGAGCCGGACACCAGCAAGAUCAAUCUCAACAGCUCUUGUUAGUGUUAACUCUGCUCCUGUUGAAGUUAAACAUCAAGACCCAGCAGAAUCCUCUCUGGCAAUUGUGGAUCAAGGUGAUCCUGCAGAUUCUUCUAUAGUAGAUGCUUCUCAUGGUACCAAGCGCAAAGCACCUGAUACAUUUAGUGAUGAUGAUCCUUCUCCAAAUAAAAAGCAAACAGCUAAACCUAGUAUCUACACCAAAUUUGUAUCAAACUGA